AUGACAAAUAUGCUCUUUCUGGUGGCCAUCAUCGUGCCGGAAGAGACGGCGCUCGCGCCGCUUGCCGCGACGCUCAAGGUCGCUGGGUCGUUCGCCGACUGGUGCAGCUCGCCGGCCAUUGUCGACGCAAUCCUCGCCGACAUCAAGCGCGUGAGCAAGGCGCAGGGUCUCUUGGGCUUUGAGAUUGUCCGCGCGGUGCAUCUCGAGACGGAGCCGUUCUCGGUCGAGAACGAUUUGAUGACGCCGACGUUCAAGCUGAAGCGGCACCAGGCCAAGGUCGUGUACAGCGCGCGGCUUGAUGCGCUGUAUGCGGCGAGCGGCGACGUCGUCGCGGGCAAGCAGGUCAUGCAGCACUAA